AUGGUUAAAGAGAACAUUGACUAUGAUCUUGCAAAAUCAUUAAGAAGUCAACUUAUGGAAAACUUGGAAGCAGUAAAGAAGGAAAAAAAGAUGAGAUUCAAGUUUGGACAGCUUAUUAUAGGCUUAUUCUUUUACUUCCAAAACUUUUUCCCUAGUAUUGGUGAUGUACAAUGGAUAACUGCAAAGAAAGUCAAAAAAGAGGUGGAAGCAUUUGCAGAACAAGAUGGUUUUACCAAAGAACAAAUAGCAGCAACAAGAGCCAAACAUGAGGUUGAACAAGGUGGAAAUUCUAGUAUACCAACCAGUACCUCCAUUGGUAAGAUAAGAGUAAUGAAAGAAACAGAGAAGAAGAAGGUAGAAGAAACAAAGGUGAAGCCUUUUGAAUCCCAGAGAGAUAAGCCUUGUAAGAUACAAUUUCAAAGGAAAGGUAAACCUGUUGAACCUCCUGCUAUGCCAACCCAAACUGGUAAAAGAAAGAAGUUAAAGGCUCAUAAACUGAUAAAUAAUGAAGAGGCUACUGAAUUAGAAGAAGACAAAAUAACACUUAGAGAAAGUGCUAAGAAGCCAAAAACAACUAUUAUACCGGAUGAUGAAGAUGAUACUGGUGACAAGAUUUCCAAUACUGAUGACAAAGUAGAUGUACUUGAUGGUGUACAAGUCAAUAUUGGUAAACAUGAUAUUGAUAUGGAGAUAGAGGAAGAAAAGACAGAGAAAGAGGAGAAGACAGAUAAAAAGGAUGAAGAGGAGAAGAAAAUAGAAGAGAAGGAAACAUUAUUUCAAAUAUCAAAUAAGAAAAUAAUAAUUGAUGAUGAUGAUGAUGACUUGGUAAGUAUCAAUGGUCCUAUUGACAUGGAUAAUUUGAGUUCCUCACAACUUAUGAAAAUUGCACAAGCUAUGCAAUCAAGAGCACAAAAGAAAAGGUUAAAGGAACAACAGAAGGAAGCAAAGACCAUGAGGACAACUAUUGAAAUUUUGUCAAGUCUCCUACCAGAGAUUGAUCUUGAAAACCUUGUUACACCAAUGGACAAGCUUGGACAGUUAGUUGUUGAUGUUGGUGAACAACUAAAAACUUUUGAGGAAGCUACAUAUAUAUCAGUUGAGAAGGAUUAUAAGAAGAAACAUGCAAAAUAG